CUGAACCUCUCUCUAUUAAAUACAUACAUUUCUCAAUUAAUUGCAGAGCCACAUUGCCAUUUGCCACUCUCUCUCAGAAAAAAGAACCAGAGAAGAAAAACAGAGAGCUUCUUCAUUUUUUAACACACGAAGCUUUUACCGGCUCUGCGUCUUAGAAAAGGGUGUGGUAUUUAUAUAUAAUCUGAUUCUUGAACAAUUCUUCUCCAACAAACCGACCCUUUUGAUCAAAGCUUUGAUUUUUGGGUAUAGUUUACGGCAUUGCCGAUGAAAGCUAUAGUCUUCGGGUUAUAAGAGUGUUGGCAUUUGUUCGGUUUUGAUUGUGAAUAUUUGAGGAUGAAGAGCGAGGAUCAAGCUAGGUUUCUGUUUGGGAUUUCGCUUUCUGAUAGGCCUGUGUGGCAACAAUUCAUUAUUUGCUCUUCUGGGUUCUUCUUUGGAUAUCUUGUAAAUGGCAUUUGCGAGGAAUAUGUGUAUAAUCGUCUACAAUUCAGCUAUGGAUGGUACUUUACAUUUGUACAGGGAUUUGUAUACCUAGGUCUCAUAUACCUUCAGGGUUUCACCACCAAGAAAAUGGUGAACCCUUGGAAAACAUACGUGAAGCUCUCUGCUGUACUUAUGGGUUCUCAUGGAUUGACCAAGGGAUCCUUGGCUUGGCUCAAUUAUCCUGCACAGAUUAUGUUCAAGUCCACAAAGGUCCUGCCAGUGAUGGUGAUGGGUGCAUUUGUUCCUGGAUUGAGAAGGAAAUACCCAAUUCAUGAAUACAUAUCUGCAACACUCCUAGUGAUUGGUCUCAUUAUAUUCACAUUAGCAGAUGCAAACACAUCUCCCAACUUUAGCAUAUUGGGCGUGGUGAUGAUAUCAGGCGCUCUAAUCAUGGACGCUUUCCUUGGGAAUGUACAAGAAGCGAUCUUUAAAAUGAAUCCUGACACCACACAGACAGAGAUGUUGUUCUGCUCAACAGUAGUUGGGUUGCCAAUGCUACUUCCACCUAUGAUUCUUACUGGAGAACUGGUUAGGGCCUGGAAUUCUUGCGCUGCGCAUCCUUAUGUGUAUGGAGUGUUGGUGUUUGAAGCCAUUGCUACAUUUGUUGGACAAGUAUCUGUGCUAUCCCUCAUUGCCCUUUUUGGAGCUGCCACCACUGCCAUGGUUACUACUGCCAGAAAGGCGGUGACAUUGUUGCUGUCGUACAUAAUAUUCACAAAGCCAAUGACAGAAGAGCAUGGGACAGGGCUACUGCUCAUAGCCUUGGGAAUCAUACUGAAGAUGGUGCCGGAAAACCAGGUUAACAAGCAUGCAAAAUCUUUCAAAGAUGUACUGAUGAAAGUCCCAGAAGUAGAGGAGGAUGAGGAAAACAAGGCCUUGGUGUAA